CACUAUGUAUAUUGUGGCUACGAAAGCGUUAUGUGAGCUUAGUUGAUCAAAUUAUGAUGAAGUUUGUUUUUGAUUUAUAAAAGGAAUAAUGAGCAGCUCUGGUAUUUAUAAUAGGAUUAUUAAAUUAAUAGAACGGUGGCCUCUUGACAAAAAUAAGCCAGGAAGGGAUCUGGGACAGCACCUUCGAGAUUACAUAACUAAAGCUAAUCAAGACGGAUCAUUAUCCGGUAACGAAAAGUACUGGGACAAGCAGUAUUUGGCAAUUCAACGGUUAGUCAAUAACGAGCACGGUAACAAGUACAUUCGGAGCUUAUCGUCAACAUCAACAGGAUUAACUGCAGAGCAGUGCAGUGAAGCUUUGACAAAGGAAGUUUUGGAUACUCUCGAGAAGGAGAGUCGUUCUCUGUGGGAAAAGAUAUUUUAUUUUCGGUCUAGUAAAUAAUGUUGCGACUCCUUAGUAAGGGCUUACCCAUAGUUCGUUAUCAAUGUACCCAAGCUGCAUGCAAAGUUGCAGAAAAUGCCCCCCAUACGCCUGUAAUGGCUAACGAAGUAUUGCACUACCUGGACCCCGAUCCACAUCAUCUAAUUUUAGAUAUGACAUUUGGGGCUGGUGGUCACAGUCGAAAAAUCUUAGAGACCACAGCAGAUGUCACCCUGCUUACAUUGGACCGAGACCCUUCAGCCCAAAGGUACAUGGCUGAUUUAGCGGUCGACUAUCCUGGUCGAAUUAUACCACUCCUCGGACGUUUCUCAGAACUUCCAACUCUUCUAAGCGCCCUUAACAUUGCACCUGGUUCGAUUGACGGCAUAUUGUUUGAUUAUGGUUGUUCUUCAAUGCAGUUCGAUAUUGCAGAACGUGGCUUCUCUGUCUCAAAAAAUGGACCACUAGAUAUGCGUAUGGACGGUGAUCGCUUUCCAGACAGUAUCACUGCCGCCAAAGUUUUAGCUAAUGCAACUGAAGAGGAUCUGUAUAAAAUAUUAAAAGUGUACGGAGAAGAGAAACAGGCACGAAAAAUUGCACGAGCCAUAAUCGAGACCAGAUAUUUAUUUAAGAAAUUAACAACAACCGAAGAAUUGGCAGAUCUAAUCGACUCAGUUUGUGGAGAUGAAGUUCGAUUUGACAAGCUGCAUCGAAAGUCUCACAAUGCCACCAAAACCUUUCAAGCUUUACGCAUUUUUGUUAAUAAUGAAUUGAACGAAAUUAAUUACAGUCUGAUUUUAUCUCAGAAAUAUUUAAAGUUAGGUGGCAAAUUGAUUACAAUCACGUUUCAUUCUUUGGAGGAUACAAUUGUCAAACGACACAUGCUCGGAAAUAUCAUCCAAAAUGUUGCAAAUCAAUUGCCACUUAAAUACGUUAGUCAUAGUGUUAACAUUGACAAUGAUUUCUUUGUUGAGGCUUUAGAAUCUAAUUGGAAGUGCUUGCAUAAACAUGUUAUUGUACCAAGUGCUGAAGAGGUGGAGGCUAAUCCUAGGAGCCGUUCAGCAAAGUUGAGAGCGGCUGUUAGGAUUAAGUGAAUGUUAGAAUUAAAAAUAAAUUUAUUGGAUUUGUA